UCAAGAUGGGGAAAGCAAUGAAUGAUAAAGAAGUGGUGAGUUUGAGGAGACCACAGCAGUUUGUUUUUGCCUGAGCCCACUGGAAAGAACAAGCUCUCUCUGUGGUUAAGUUACUGAGUUCAGAUUAUCUUUACAUUUCGAGCUCCAAUUGCAGCAACUGAAGUAAGUUUAGGACAGAGGGGGAAAGAGAGACAAGGGCCCCUUCCACACAGCUGAAUAAAAUCCCACAUUUUCAGCUUUAAACUGGGAUAUAUGGCAGUAUGGACUCAGAUAACCCGGUUCAAAGCAGAUAUUGUGGGAUUUUCCAUCUUGACAUUCUGGAUUAUAUGGCUGUGUGGAAGAGCCCAAAGUUACUGAGACAUUUUAAAGCAGCAAAAAGGAGGAUGACAGAAAAUUAAUUGGGAAUGUUCCUGCCAAAUCAGGGAAGCUGUGGGCUGUGGAAUACAAGGCAACUCAGCCCAUAAUUGUGUAGAGGCAGAUGGUCGAAUGAUAGCGAUACCUGAAGUACAUGUUUCAUGUUGAAUUAUGGAACAUUCUUGAAAAUAGCCAGGGCCCUUUCACAUUAGACAGCACUGUGGUUCCACUUUAUUUGCCAUAGCAAACAACACCCUAUUGAAUCCCGGGGUUUGCAAUUUAGAGACGGAAUAUUUAGAAUUCUUAGCCAGAGAUCUCUAGUGCCUCAUCAGACUGCAAACCUCAGGAUUCCUUCGGAUGUUUCCAUAGAAAUUAAAGUGGAAUCAUAGUGCUGUAAUGCCCCCAGAUUGUUUCUCUGCAAUUAUUCUUUCACAGAAGAAAAAUAUUGCUCAAGGAUAAGUGUUUGUGAAAUUUUCUGUCACAGAUACUGAUCAGUCCUAUACAGCUUGAUGUGUAGGAGUAGUUACAUCUACUCUGACAGCAACAUGCUUUAUUCAGAGCUUGUAAAUUAACUAGUGAAGAUAUACCAGUUUCCUUCAGUCCAUGUACUCCCUUGAAGAAAAAUUCUCAUCUCAUCCCAGCUCAAGGCAGCCCUGCCCGGCCAAGACCUUCUGGGAUCAGAAGUUCCUGGUGCUUCCAGUCUCUCUGGAAAUCAUCUCCACAUUUCUCUAGUUUGGAAGGAUUCUGCAUCUAACUACUUUGGGGGUCUUUUUUUUGGUGACUCAUGGAAACAGCAAGCAACUCACAUUUUGAAAACAUCACAAAUGAAAUAUGCCAAAAGGAGUACCUUGUUGAGGAAGCAAGAGGAAAAACAUACCAGCAGAAUGAUAUUUUGGAAGCUUUGCAAGAGGGUAAAAGCCCCUCAGGGGGAGAAACCAUAGAAAUUGUAAUGGAGAAACUAAAAACUGAGAAGAACAGUAUCAAGGAAAAACAAAGCCAUGAUGCAGACAGACUGAGCCUUAAAAGAAAGUCAGAAAGUGAUGAAAAGCUGAUUCUGCGGAAGGAACCACGCCUGUCAGAGACAGAUUUCCAGCCCCUUCCAAUACUUCUGCCCCAUAUCCCCUUAAAGAGUCUCAUGGAGGUAGAAAUAAAGUUGGUCUACAUGGAUGAGGAGGAUGUCACCUAUGAGUUUCUGGAGUCCCAGCUACCCACCAAUGAAGAGCCAAAAUAUUCAGUGGCUACAAGUAUGAAUUCCCAGAGAGCUUCUGACACGAGCAUUGUUCCACCACAGAUGGACAAAUGGCUUCAAGUAGCUUUGAAGGAUGCCAGCACUUGCUAUCGGCAAAAGAAGUACGCAAUGGCAGCUGGGCAGUUCAGAACAGCUCUUGAGCUCUGCAGCAAAGGUGCAGCUUUAGGGAAGCCCUUUGAAGCCUCUCCAAAAGAUAUUUCAAGCAUUGCCAGUUUCAUUGAAACAAAGCUUGUAAUCUGCUACUUGAAAAUGAGAAAGCCUGACCUUGCACUGAAUCAUUCCCACAGGAGCAUUAUGCUGAAUCCUGCCUAUUUCCGUAACCACCUUCGUCAAGCUGCUGUGUUUCGGAGCUUAGAGAGAUAUUCUGAGGCUGCAAGGAGCACUAUGGUUGCUGACUACAUCUACUGGUUGUCUGGAGGAAGGGAGCAGCAUACCAGCAAGCUCAUCAAACUGUAUUGGCAGGCUAUGAUUGAAGAAGCCAUCACAAGAGCCGAAUGUUUUUCGGUGAUGUACACACCAUUUGCAACUAAAAUAAAGGCUGAAAAUAUAGAGAAGCUGAAGGAAGCUUUUACCAAAAAGCACCCGGACUAUGUGGAAUACAUCUAUACAGAUCCUCAUGGACUACACAGUUUGCCUCAGACAGCUGACUGGUCUUGUCCUUCUCCCCAAACUUAUUUGCUAACACUGGGCUUCCGAAACAAAGAAGUUGGAAAAUUUCUUGAAAAGAUGUCUUGCAGAAAGUUGCCCACAUUUUCAGAUCAUAAAGCUCCUUUCAGCCCUCUCACUAAAGAAGAGGCAGGAAGACAUCUGGAGACUAUAGGGAAAAGAAUCUUGCCAAUCAUGGAUUUCAUUCGAGGCACCAAAUUAACUGAGACUUUCUGUGCAUGUUCUGGCAUGAUAGAGAAGCUGCAGCAUGCCAGCCUGCUUGGCCGCUUGCAGCGUGUCAAGGAGCAGUCCCAAGUGAUCAAUCAAGCCAUGGCUGAGCUUGCCACCAUCCCCUACCUCCAGGACAUCAGCCAGCAGGAUGCUGAACUGCUGCAGUCACUAAUGGCAGAUGCCAUGGACACCCUCGAAGGAAGGAAAAGCGAUAAAGAGCGUGUCUGGAAUAAAAUAGAAAAGGUUGGAAUAAUAGAAGACUUCUUAUACCAAUUAGAAGAUAGUUUCUUAAAGACCAAAAAACUCAGAACGGCAAGGAGGCAGAAAAUGAAAAUGAAGCGGCUUCAAAGUGAACAGCCCUGCUAGGCCUGCUGGGGGAAGAGGCUCCCGUCCUGCACCGGGGAUGGCAGGAGAGGACAUUAAUAUCGCCAGAGUUUGACAGCUGGGAUAACAAAGGCUGGCCUUCAAAUUAAUGAGGUGUCCCCUCCCUUACAGCUCAUCUUUCGCAACCAGCUCCUGCACUUCAUUAGUCUCAUCUGACAAGAAUAAACGUUCACAGGAUGCUUGACUGGAUUCUUAUGCAGAACAGCCUUGUUUAUUCAAACUUAGUGUGGAAUAUGGAUCAUGGCAAUAUACUUUCUUUUAGGCACAUUCAAAGUGAUGCAGUUUUGCAUGGGUCUACUGAAUCCCAUCAUAGGUCUUUUCCAGGAGAAAAUUCUCCUGGAAAGGUGCAUUGUGGGUCUUUUUAAUCCACAGUGCUUCUAUACAGGAAUUAUAUAGCUAUGCCCUUCACAUAAUACAUAAUGCCUUCUCUUUCUUUAUUACUUAAACUUUUCAGAAAUCUGUUACCCAGUUAGGAAAGGGGAUCUUGUUGGUUGCAUAAAACUGUUGGUUACAUGUACUGAAGUCUGCUUUAUCGGAUGCAUGUAAUUAAGUGCUUUUGGACAGACCUUUCAAGCUAUCAUUAACAGGCUGUAUUUGUCAAUAAAAAUAGAGACUUGCAAAAA